AUUAAUCCAGGCACUGUUUUGUGAUGGCAAUCCCCCACUGGACCUAACCACCGUCCCGCCCUAGUCGAUUCAUGGAUUCAUCCAUCACUUAUAGACGGGUCCAUUUUCCGAGCUGUCCGCUUUUACGGCACUCUGUAUUCCCGGACGAAUUUCCGGCUCAAUCCAUGCUCCAUUCUUGGAAGUCUUGAACAACUAGCUAUGAAAGUGUCUUGGGUGGAGCGAGUCCCUCGGGGUCUCCUGUUACUGACCCGCUUCCCGGGACGGACCCAAUGUUUCUUUUGGGGCUUUAUUGAUGUGCUCUUGACCACGAGCUCGUUCUUGUUGGCCUUAUCGGCCUUGAAUCUGACCGCUUGGGACCGAGUGGCUCGCAUCGAUCACUAUCGCGGUUCCCGCGUAACGUCGACCGUGCUCGUUACGGGCAUUGUUACCGUAUUGGGCUCUUUGGCCGCAUUACUCAUGACCUGUCCCAUGAUCUAUGUGGCUUAUCGACGGGGCAAGGCUCGCGUGUGGUUGACUUUGUACCAGGUCAAGUCCAUAAUGGUGGUUUUGGCUCAUAUGGUGGCUCUGGUCUGGCUCUUGACCGGUUCAGUGGGCGGAUCUUGGUCCUCGGAGGAGGCUGAAACCUUAGCUUUGGCCUAUAUUAUCGUGGUGGGCCUGAUUGUCCCGCUUUUCGAGUUCUUGGUGGUCAGUCAUUACGAGUUGGAAGUGAGGGACGUGGAGUCCAAGGCCGAGGUCUUGAUGGCGAUUCAUGACAAAAUGGUCGCAAAGCGAUUGGCCCAAGCCCAGCGAAAAUCUCGGCGACGGCCAUGAAUACAUGAAUUUUUCCUACUCAAGACACCAUAUGCAUAAAAUGAUUGGGAAAAAUCAAGGCCCUGAUCGUGAUGCAAAGCUCUCCCCCCCCUCAAAAUUGUUCUACUUCUUCGCCUGACUAGGAGGCUUUUGUUGUUCUUCGCCCAUCCGAUUGGAUCAAGGCCAAAUUCUAGGGGUCAAUAAUAAAAUUUCUGACUAUCUCUCCAUGA